ACACACACACACACACACACGCAUUUGAAACAAUCAGAGUGCUUGAUCACGUCAUUCUUCUACCAAUUGAGUAAGUUUUAGGGUUCCUCAUAUUCCCUUCUCUACAGAUUUUCAUUUACUUUCUUCCCAAUCGUCCCUCAAUAUUCCUCCCCCAUCGUCUUCUCUGCAUCACCGCCGUUAAUUUGAUACCUUUUUUUUUUUUUCCCGUGAAAUAUGGUUUAGAUUUCAAUUUCCGUCAGUAUUAUGUUUUAAUUUAUGAUACUUGCGGCGUACAUGUGAUUUAAUGUCAAUAGUUUGAUCGGUAAGAGAUAGAUUUGACCAAUUCUGUUUCAGAUUAGGGUUCGUUGAAUUUAGGGAUUUUACUGAGGAAUUGAAGGUGGGGGAAUACGGAUUUCUGGGUUUAUAAAUUUCUGGGAAGUCAAUUAUGUACAUUGAGGAAUUGAAUGAGAGGAAAGAGGGGGAGGAUGAAUUUUCAGGUGGUGGUGGUGCUGGUGUGGCGAUUGUUGUAUGGUGGGAUGCGAAGAGGGUUAUGGUUGGAGCCGGUGCUCGGGCGCUCUUUUAUCCGACAUUGCUUUACAAUGUUGUCAGGAAUAAAAUUCAGGCCGAGUUUCGUUGGUGGGAUUGGAUUGACGAGUUUUUACUAUUAGGUGCUGUACCAUUCCCAUCUGACGUUCAACGACUGAAGGAACACGGUGUACGUGGAGUUGUUACCUUGAAUGAAUCAUACGAGACUUUAGUCCCGUCAUCUCUAUAUGAAGCUCAUGGUAUUCGUCAUUUGGUGCUUCCCACAAGAGAUUACCUCUUCGCUCCAUCUCUCACUGAUAUAUGUCGAGCUGUAGGUUUUAUUCAUGAAAACGCAUCAAACGGGCAAAGUACAUAUGUUCAUUGUAAAGCUGGUCGGGGUCGCAGCACAACUGUUGUCAUAUGUUAUCUUGUGAAAUAUAGACACAUGACUCCUGAUUCUGCAUAUGAUUAUGUCAAGUCAAUACGACCAAGGGUCCUACUCGCAUCUUCACAAUUGAAGGCUGUCCAGGAAUUCUACCAUUUCAAGGUUAAGAGUAAUAUCUCGGGCGAGUUAAAUGAUUUGGUAUUUAGAAGCCCGAGAUUAUUAGGCGCAGGGAAUAUUUCGACAUUUGAUGACAGCUCAGUGGUUGUUAUAACAGAAGAGGAUCUUGUUGGAUAUGAUGCUCGAACGACAUCAUCAUCUAAUGCUGUUGUCCGAAAUGAGAUAUGGGCAAACGUGAAUUUAAUAUACCAAGUGAAAAUUGUGGGUGAAGCAGCUUUGACCAGACUCUCUUGCCUGUGGGUUCACUGUCCACGUCAGCAAAAUAUUACGAGUGAGAAGUUGACCGGUGGAGAAAAUAUCGAUGUCGACAUUCAUCUCUUCUCGUGAGUUUCUUUUCGGGCGUGUGUAUAUAUAUAUAUAUAUAUAUAUGUUUGUUCCUUUGUUUAUAUGUAAAUAAGAAAUUUGCUAUGUUUUACUUGUACAAUUGUUCGAGAAAUUAGAAGCACUCACUGUCUUUAUGCUCUCUAUAAAUAUAUGUAUAUGUUUGCAGAUAAAUCUUGUUUCCUAUAAAAAAAAGUCACUUUCGAUCUU